AUGGACACGAAAAAGAAGUUCGAGAUUGAGCGGGCUCUUGCGACAGAGAACCAGGCCAUCUCUUCGGGCAAGCUGAAGGAGGACAAUCCGCUCGACACCACCGAGACGUUUCGCCAAUUCUGCGAAGCAUGUCGGCGGGGCGAUCUUAAAGUGUGCCAGGAAAUGAUCCAGGCCGGUGUCAAUGUCAACGCGCGGGACAGACACGACUACACACCUCUGAUCCUGGCUAGUCUCUGUGGACACUACGAGGUCAUACAACUGCUUCUUGAAAACGGCGCUUUAUGUGAACGAGACACUUUCCAAGGCGAGCGAUGCCUAUACAACGCGUUGAACGAUCGAAUACGCAACCUUCUGCUCUCCUACGACUAUGCCAAGUCCUCGAACCCUCUGCAACCGCUUGCCGCUCACAUAACCUCGCUUCUUACACGGCCGGAACCCCAGACAGCCGACCUCACAAUUGAGGCGUACGAUCAGACGUUCCAUGUACACAAAUUCGUCCUCGCCGCUCGUUCGCCAUAUUUUGCGAAGAAGCUCUGUGCUGCACCGAAUACCGCAACAUGGACGUUGCCACAGAGUAUACCCAGUGUGUCGCUAGGGGUCGCGUUGCAGUACCUAUACUUCUCCGAGGUAUCUAUGCGUAGAGUGAUGCAUGGACUGAAUGACGAGGAAGAGGCACAGAUCUUGAGAGGCAUUGACAAAAUCGGACGCCAAUUAGAGAUGGAUAGGCUCUUCGAAGACAUUACAGAAGUGUCAGAUCGACGGUUAUUACGCCAAAAACGAGCAGAAGAGCUAGCCCGCGGCCGAAAUCAGCUCGAGGCAUGGUUUCAAGACAAUGUGUUGCGGAAUAAGGUGGAAGUUGAAACAGCCAAAGUCGACAACCUCAAGUGGGAUCGAGAUAACUCCAUCUACGCCGACAUUCUGCUACGAGCAGACGAGGUUGAAGAGGACUACGAGUCUGACGACAUAAACGCCUCACCUGGUCACUCGGAGUCUUCGACGCCGCCCGCGCACAACAUUCUAGGACUUCUCUCUAAAUCUCGAUCUCCUUCCCGGUCGCGCCAGCCACGUAGAUCCAUUGUCUAUCCUGCGCACAAAGCCAUGCUGCUCCGCUCAGAAUAUUUUUCUACCAUGCUGACCUCACCCUUCCGUGAAGCCCAACAAACCCCCUACCUACAGAUCGUCACCCUCGACUGCUCUCCCAAAGUUCUCGAAACUAUCCUCACCUUCCUCUAUACCGAACGUUCCGACUUCGACCUCGACGUCGCGAUCGACGUGCUCUUCACCGCAGACCAACUCUUCAUCGAGAAGCUGAAGCAACGUGCCGCGCUCAUCAUCUCCACCUUAGGAAACGGGAACUCUUCGACGGUAGAAAGCGAGAAUCCAAGAGGCGAGACGGAUACAGAAGAAGUCAUCGACAUCUACGAAGUCAUUAGAGCGGGCUGGGACACGCGCGUGCAGCGCUUAGAAGAGUUCGGAGCUCGAUACAUCGCCUACCGGUUAGAACGCUACAUCGACACCCCUGAGUUUGCAGAGAUCGUGCAGGAGUCUGCACGCAGAGUCAAGGCUCGUCAGGAAACUGAUACGGUCGAGCUUGUCGACGAUAUCCGGUAUUACCUUUCGGACCGGUUCCGGUUGCGCUUCGAAGACAGUGGGCUCGAUGAGAUGAUGGAGCAGAGAGGGGAUGCAGAUGCUAUUGCGGAGGCAAUGGAAGCUUUGGGAGUCAAGGAUGAAGACGAAGAGAAGAAGAGUGGGUUGCUGGAAACGGAGAUCGAAGAGCAAUUUGCGGUGGGAGCUAUCCGGACAUUAGACGGAGAGGUUGCAGGCGAUGAGUUUGCACAGGAUGCGAUGAAUUAUCAGAUCUUGCUGGCAAAGAUUGACCAGCUAUUGGAGAAUUUGGAUCUGGAUGCAUAG